AUAAUCACCCAAUAGUUUAGCAAAACGUGAAAACCAUACAUUUAAUACAUCAUUUGCAUAUCUUUGAAUUGUCUCUUACAAGCUUCAGUAUUCCUUCAUUUCUGUUGUUAUCUUGAUUGUUUUCAAUUUUCUUCCCUCUUCUUUUUAUUCCAAUUUUCUCAACCUUAUACUUGUAAAUAUUCUACUUCUGACUGGUGUUACAUACUACUUAUAUCUGCGGACAUAAGUAGUACACACCACAAGAGUAGUAAUGAACAUCAGUUAUUCAGUGAAAUGAACGAAUUUUUAAGUACAUAAUAUUUUAAUGUAACAAAUUGUAAAGGAUAAGAUUACUCGUAAUUUCAAUUUGGAAAAUAGAAUAAAAAAUCAAAGCGUAGAAAAUAGUGGCGAGACUCUAAUUUAUGGACGGGCCAAUCACAAGCGUUUUAGAGAUUUCAAGGUUACGGCGCCAACUUCAGUGCUUAAUGCUAACGUACGAUCGGUUCACAGGGAAUUAGUAUAAAAAAUAACACUAAGAUCAUUUACAAUAAAAUUGGUGAUAUAAACCGGGUUUUCUUUGGAACACAUAAAACAAUCACUUUAGCUCGAUUCACACAUAACAUAUAUAUGUUAGGUUAGUUUGUUCGAUUCUACAAGAUUCUACAAUCAAUCGUUUGUUUUAAAACUGGAUUUCUUUGUAGUGAGGUUCUUUUUUACAAGGUUAGACUAGUAGACGUACGUCCAAUUCUCCUUCUUUGCUAAAAGUAUCUCUAUAGAGGUUGUAGGCCUCAACUUACACUAAUGAAAAAGCAAGAUCCUCAAAUACAACACGGAAAACACCGACCUAAUCAAAUUUGAUAGUGAGACCGUGGAAUAUUUAGAAUUCUUCACAUACUUGGGAAGCAUCAUCGAUGCACAAGAAGGAUCAGAUGCAAACGUAAAGGCGAGGAUUAACAAAGCAAGGGCUGCAUUCCUUCAAUUGAAGAACAUAUGGAAUUCAAAACAACGGUCAACCAAUAUCAAAGUCAGAAUCUUCAAUACUAACGUCAAGACAGUCCUACUGUACGGAGAUGAAACUUGGAGAACUACCACGACCAUCAUCAAGAAGGUGAAAGUAAUUAUAAAUAGUUAUCUACGCAAGAUACUCAAUAUCCGUUGGUCGGAUACCAUCAGCGACAGCCUUCUGUUCGAGAGAACAAACCAGCUUCCAGUUGACGAGGAAAUUAGGAAAAGACGUUGGAAGUGGAUAGGACAUACAUAACGCAAAUCAUCAAACUGCAUCACGAGGCAAGUGCUAACUUUGAAUCCUGAAAGGGCCACGGAAAGGAGGAAGGCCGAAGGACACACUACAUCGGGAAUUGGAAGCAGACAUGAAAAGGAUGAAUAACAACUGGAAAGAGCUGGAAACGAUUGCCCAGGUCAGGGUUGGAUGAAGAGUGCUGGUGGGCGGCCUAUGAUCCUCCACGAGGAGUAACAAGCGUAAGUAAGUAAUAUUAGGUUGUAGAUAAAGUUUUGUGACAAUGUAGAUUUCAUUCUUUUACACGGAACCAUGUAGGAUAAAUAUCUUUUUUUCUAACACUGAGAAACGAUCCUAAUUGAAAGACCUUUGUAAUCAGCUUCAAAAAGACACCCUCUUAAUUUAAAAUAUUUCAACAGGAUUAGUUUACAUUAAUCAUUAGGUUAAUUAUAGAAAGUGAAUUAGAUGAUUACAAGUUUCAUCAGCUCUAUUAAAUUAGUAUCUAACAAAAUCUUGUUAUGCAUUCAUUAGCCUUGUUUAUUUAAAUAUUUUAUGCACGUAGAGAUAGAGACAGAGUUUACACUCGCAUACUUUUCUAUUGUUUAUUUCAACCGAUGAUUUUUUCUGUUUUGUCUUAAUUCACUUAUUAUCUAGUAUGUUUUUUUAAAUCCAAAUGAAGAUCAAUUCUUAUGUAUAAAAAAUUAUUUGGAUAUAGAAUUAGAUAAUGGACAAGGUGAAUGCUUUUUAGAAUUAGGUAUUGGAGAUGGACAAUGCCCUGGACUUGCUCCACAAGAAAUGAAUCAGUCUGUAUGCACAGCUGAACGUCUUGCCGAUUCUUUAUCAUCACAUUUAAUUCAUUUGAGAGAUCGUUGGAUAACAGCUGGAUCACAAUCUUCAGCAACGACGACAACACAAUCAGGGUCAGGUGUGGACACAACAACAAGACCAUCCAGUGCUGAAAAUAGUCACAGCAGUCCACAUCGGCAUACUUUAAGUAGUUCGUCUGGAGAAGGCAAAACAAAAGGAAAUUCAAUGAACAUAGAUGAUGGGAGUCAAUCAAAACAAAGCAGUAAUUCGACUGAUGAUAAUAAGGAACUGUCUAGUCAAAAUAUAUCAGAAACAAAUGCAACUGAUACUACUAGUACUAUUAGUAGUAGUAGUAGCAAUAGUAGUUCAGCGACAACGGGUUGUUUAGUUAAAGAAUAUCUUCUUCGACGGAAAACUGCUUCAGAUGAUUUUGUAGAUGUUCGGGUGGCAGUUGUAGGAAAUGUGGAUGCAGGCAAAUCUACUUUACUUGGUGUACUGACUCAUGGUGAAUUGGACAAUGGUCGUGGUUUAGCUCGUUUACGUUUAUUACGUCAUAAACAUGAAGCGGAAUCUGGACGUACUAGUUCAGUGGCACAUGAUAUAUUGGGUUUUAGUUCACUUGGUCAAGUAGUCAAUAAACCUGUACAUGGUCAUUUGAAUUGGUCUGAAAUUUGUGAAGCUUCAGCCAAAGUAAUCACAUUCAUUGAUUUAGCUGGUCAUGAACGUUAUUUAAAAACAACCAUAUUUGGUAUGACUGGUCAUGCACCAGAUUAUGUUAUGUUUAUGGUUGGUGCUAAUGCUGGUGUUAUUGGUAUGGCUAAAGAACAUUUAGGCCUGGCAUUAGCUUUAUGUGUGCCAGUAUUUGUUGUAGUUACAAAAAUUGAUAUGUGCCCACCAAAUGUACUACAUGAAACAAUGAAUUUGUUAUUUCGUAUAUUAAAAUCACCUGGUUGUCGAAAAAUUCCAGCAUUGAUAUCAUCAACGGAUGAUGUUAUUUGUUGUGCAACAAAUUUCACUUCAGAACGUAUGUGUCCAAUAUUUCCAGUUUCAAAUGUAAAUGGUACAAAUUUAGAUUUAUUAAAAUUAUUUCUUAAUUUAUUACCAUCAAGAUCUGAGCCACGAUUAAAUGAAUUAGCACAUUUUCAAAUUGAUGAAAUAUUCUCUGUACAAGGUGUUGGUACAGUUAUCUCUGGUACAUGUUUAUCUGGUAUUAUUAAAUUAAAUGAUAUUUUAUUACUUGGUCCUGAUUUAUCUGGACAAUUUAAUCCAAUUUCAAUUAAAAGUAUACAACGUAAACGUUUAUCAGUGAAUUAUGUACGUGGUGGACAAACUGCAUCAUUUGCAUUGAAAAAAUUACGACGUAAUCAAGUUCGUAAAGGUAUGGUAUUGUUAGCGCCAGAAUUGAAACCGAAAGCAUGUAUUGAAUUUAUUGCUGAAGUAUUAAUUUUACAUCAUCCUACAACUAUAUCAGUUGGUUAUCAAGCUAUGGUUCAUGCAGGUCCUGUACGUCAAACUGCAACAAUAUUAAAAUUAAAUUCACAUGAACGUUUAAGAACCGGUGAUAAAGAUAUGGUUGUAUUUCGUUUUAUUAAAUCUCCUGAAUAUUUAUACACUGGUCUACGUUUAAUAUUUCGUGAAGGUAAAACAAAAGCUGUUGGUACUGUUAAGGAACUAGUUCCAUAUUCUGCUUCAAUUCAACAAAAUCCACGUGCUAAACUACUUAAAAGAUAUGUUAUUAGUAGGACAAACCAACCGAUGAAUAAUACUGGAACGGAUGAGAUAAAGGCGUCAAGUAAUACAUCAUCACUCCCUAAAUCAGCCGAGUAUACCAGUACUACUACUAAUACUAUUAGUCAACCAGAUACUACUGGAUUGCCUAAUAUUCCUGUUUCUGAUUUAUUAACUAGUGAUAAUCUUAAUGCAUCGGCUAAUUCAAGACAACGUAAAUAUCAUCAUCGUACACGUAAAGAUAUUACUGAAUAAAUGAGACAAAAACUUAACUCUAAGCGCUGCCACUGUGUCCAAAUUGAAACGAUAUUAUCAUCGACAAGUUUAAUAUUCAUCUUUCAAAUCAAAAUACAUUUCGUUUGCUUCUGUGUGUUUUAAAACAAUCAUUUUUCACUUUUCCUAACGUUUUCAUCGUUAAUUAAUCCAUACAUAGAAAGUAUCUUAUUCUUAUUCCGUAACAAUUAUUACCACUACCAUAUCCCACUCUUCUUUUUUUCUUUUUCUAAAUUAACUACUUAUAUAUGAAAAGAGUAGUUAGUUUAUCCAUGCUAAUCUUUUGAAAUACAUUACAUUAUCAUGUCGAAUCUUUGUUGCAUUGACCAAAUAUUCGUUUAGGUUGGUUACUAUUCACUACCUACUUUUCUUACUCAAUACUUUGUAGGUUUACAGUUUUCCCUAUCGUUUUUUUUCUUCCCCCUAGUUCCCAUUGCGAACACACAUGUUUUGUCACGUGAUAAGUACUAUUUUUUAUACCGCACUGUCUUUGCAGAGAAAAUAACUAUUCGUUAUUCCUAUUGAUCCAAUGUGAUCACCAAUCACUGUGUGUUUAUUUUCAUGACUUUUCACCCCCAUGUCACUUUUAAACCUUGUUUUUUUUCUUCAAAAGAAAUAAGGGAUUAUCUUGUUGUAUUUCCACCUUUUAUUGUUUCUGUGUACAUAUGUAAAGAAUUGAAAAGUUCUUGCAUAAAUAUAUUUAAUGCAAUUC